AUGGCCCGCCGAUCGCGCCGCAAGCUCCAGCGGCGUGCCGAGGCGCGCAGGGCCCGAAAGGAAGCAGAAGACGGGGCCAGCAGCGACAGCGAGCCCGAGAUGGUGGCCAAGUCGGCCAAGACGGAGCGGCGACGUGCGCAGAAGAAGUCAGUCCUCAAGCUGCAGUGCAGCCUUUGCGGCGAAUGCUACCGGCUUACCGAGUACAUUGCCACGCAGCGCAAGGCCGAGGCACCGGUGUGCAACCUAUGCCUGUGCGCACGCGCCGAGGAGCAAGCGGCGAGCCCCGGAGUCCGGCGGGAGCUGCACCAGGCAUGCACGCUUCUGGCGGCUAUCGAUCGGCGGGCGAUCCGCGGGCGCAAGGGCAUGUCGACGCUCUCCGAUGGCUCAGUCGACUACAUUCCAGGGCUCAUGCUUCCGCUUGGAGCGCUGCCGCAUAGCAAGCGCGACGUGCUGCUGCGUUGGAAGAGUGGGCCGUCGCCGCGCGCCGCGCUCGACGCCAUUCAUCGCAUCUACCGCGCCGUCGAGUCGUACGACGAUCUGCUCUUUCGGCUCGAGCGCAAUCCGCGGCUGGCGGUCUCACUCUACUGGUGGAGUCACGGCGCAACGACCCGGGUUGAGUACCUCGACGCGCUGCAGCGGCUGGCGAUCCGCAAGAAGACCUGGAUCGAGCGCUGUGCCGACGACGCCGAGGCCUCGAUCGCCGCCGCUGCUGCGUCGCUGUUUUUCUCCGACACAUGCGACGCGGUAUGGGUUGUCGUCGACAUUAUGCACCAUGCUGCGUCCGACAAGGCACUCAACGUGGUGGCGCAUCCUGCCUGGCCGUCAGCAGACGGCAUCACCGCUCUGGAUCUGAUGACGCUCUCCGACUCGGAGCCGAUGAACUCGCUUCUGGCCCGAACCCUCACUGGCGACAACCGGGUGUCGUUGCAGCCAAUUGCGCUCCGGCUCCCACGCUCGCUUCCUCUCUACAUGGUUUACGCCUUGCUACAAACCAGGAUCAUGCCGUUGAUUACCGGAAAGCUAGUGUCGCGGACUGUCGACUGGCGGUUGGCGUCGUCAUAUCCGCCGCUCGCACCGGCCUUUCUCGCUCUCUCGCCCACAGCCGGCCCAACUGGCGGCCAUGCAGCAGCGCUUGCCGAGGCACUGGCGACGGCCGAGGCCUUGAUGAGCAGCGAGCGUGAGGCGGAGCGUGCCAUGGACGGCCUCACCGACGACGCGCGCGCCGCCCUGCCUGUCACGCUGGAAAGCAGCAGCAAUCCUCAGGUUCUGGUGUGGAACGACACGCUCGAUACAGCUCUCACGCUCACCAUGUUUGAUGUCAAGACCGCUCUUGGCGACGCUGGCCUCGUCUCCUGGCAAUCCGCUGCCGAGACUGCACAUCGAACGGCCACAGUCGUGCCGCGGCAGGCAACCCAGCUCGCGCACAAGAGCUCAACCUCGUCGAUGCACCCCUGGAUCUAG